AUGAGAGAAAUCGUGACUUUGCAGCUUGGCUAUCUGAGCAACUACACAGCUGCGCAUUUUUGGAACACACAAGAAUCGUAUUUUACAUACUCAGAUGCCGACAAGCUGCUUGUCGACCAUGAUGUUCACUGGCGCGCCGGCGUUGGCGCUGAUGGCGCAGAUACCUUCUUACCACGAACCGUGGUGUAUGAUCUCAAAGGUGGAUUUGGCUCCCUGCGGAAAAUAAAUGCGCUGUACGAUACGAAUCAUGACGAGGAUAUCAUAUCAAGUACUCUUUGGGCCGGUAAAUCAGCCGUGCACAAACAAGAACCCCUGCAACAAAGCGCCUACGUACAGAGUCUCGAUGCCGGGAGCGCACCAGAUAAACUGACAAAAUCCAAUGUUCGCUACUGGUCAGACUACUCUCGGGUAUAUUACCAUCCCAAGUCGCUCAACCAACUGUAUGACUAUGAGCUUCACUCGUCCAUCCAACCAUUUGAGCGCUUCCACAUGGGCAAGGAGCUGUUCCAUACGCUAGACAAGGAGCAAGACAUAGUUGACCGAGACUGGCGCCCAUUUGUGGAAGAAUGUGACCACAUGCAGGGCAUUCAGGUCAUUGCCACCAUCGACGAUGCCUGGGGCGGAUUCGCAUCGUCGUAUCUCGAAACCCUGCGAGACGAGUAUCCCAAGCAGUGCAUUUGGGUCUGGGGCCUCCAGAGUCCUCUGCUCGACACUACCCGCGACAAGCGCACGGUGCGGCUUGUCAAUGCAGCACAUGGCAUCAGCGAGAUUUGUCAACAAGCGACGACCUUGAUCCCCUUGUCGCUCCCUGAGCACCGCUUCCCGCGAUCAGUCAAGCUCGACUGCAGCUCGCCGUGGCACAGUUCGGCGCUGCUCUCCGCAGCCAUCGAAACCACGACGCUGCCAUCUCGGCUCCUGCCACAGCCAGGAGGCGGUACGCCGCGUGUGUCUCUGGACGAGAUCUCACAAAUCGUCAACACGACAGGCGCGCAGGCUCUUGCUGGACUGCAAAUGGGAUUGGGUACCGAAGACGCUGCAUCCGAGGCCGGUGGCUUGGACAUUGAUCUUUUCGAAAUCGGCCGUGUGGCUAAUGAUGGACUUGAAAACCAGAAACGCAUAUUUGGCAAGUCGAUAUCGUGGCGUGGCGAGGUUGUUGAAGAGGCCGGAGACGAUGAAAAGGAGACGAGGCGCCGCAUUGGUGACUCGGUGGUAAAGAGGUUCAACACGACUCUUGAGUUUCCCAUGCUGAACAGCUAUCCCGACAUCUUCCCCGACGCGGCGGGCCAAGAAAGCACACGUCUGCAGACGGCGCUCUUCACCGACCAGAGCAUCUUGGCGCGAAUGAAGGCGCUGAAGAAGCAAGUAACUUGGGCCGUUGGCAUCGAGGAAAGAGAGGUUCUGGCGAAUUCCCUGUCCGACAUUGGGCAUGCGUACCAUGAUGAUUGGUCGAGCGGAAGUGACGAAGGCGACGAUGACUAG